UCCCAAAGUAUCAUACACCACCAAUAUUAGAAUUCCAGAACUUCUUAUCCAGGACUUUAAUCAAGGACACUUGAAUGGCAACAUCUUCUCUUGUUUUCACAGUGAAGAGGCAAGAGCCGGUGCUGGUUGGGCCGGCCAAGCCAACCCCACAUGAGUUCAAAUGUCUCUCUGACAUUGACGAUCAAGAGGGACUAAGGUUUCUAAUCCCUGUGAUUCAGUUCUACAGAAAGGAUCCAUCAAUGGGUGGUAAGGACCCAGUGAAGGUUAUAAGGGAAGCUCUGGGGAAAGCUUUGGUGUUUUAUUAUCCUUUUGCUGGGAGGUUAAAGGAGGAGAUUGGGAGGAAGCUUGUUGUGGAGUGUAAUGGAGAAGGGGUGCUGUUUAUUGAGGCUGAUGCUGAUGUUAGCCUUGAGGAUUUUGGUGAUGGUUUGCAGCCACCUUUCCCUUGUUUGGAGGAGCUUGUCUUUGAUGUUCAGGGCUCUGGAGGUGUUCUUCACUCUCCUCUGCUCUUGAUUCAGGUGACACGACUCAAGUGCGGAGGCUUCGUCUUUGGAACAAGACUCAACCACACCAUGUCGGACGCGCAAGGCCUGGUCCAGUUCUUGAACGCGGUGGCCGAGCUAGCGCGUGGCGCGACUACACCAUCCAUCAUCCCGGUCUGGUCACGAGAACUUCUCAACGCGCGCACACCACCACGCCCGGCCUUCGCGCACCACGAGUACGAUGACGUGCCAGACACCAAUGGCACCAUCAUCCCACUCGACGACAUGGUUCACCGGUCUUUCUUCUUCGGUCCGAGAGAGAUCAGAGCGCUGCGCGCGCGCAUGCCGCACCACCUCCGAACAAGCUCCACGUUCGAGAUACUGACAGCGUGUUUAUGGAGAAGCCGAACCAUAGCACUGAAACCAGACCCAGAAGAAGAGGUGCGGAUCAUUUGUAUAGUGAAUGCACGUGGGAAGGAUGGGAAAAAGUUACCAGAAGGGUAUUAUGGGAAUGCGUUCUCGUUUCCGGUUGCGGUGGCGAGUGUGAAGAGGUUGUGUGGGAACCCAGUGGGGUAUGCGUUGGAGUUAGUGAAGAAGGCGAAAGGGGAAGUGAAUGGUGAGUAUUUGCAGUCAGUGGCGGACUUGAUGGUGUUAAGAGGGAGACCACACUUUACGGUGGUGAGGUCGUACUUGGUGUCGGACGUGACCAGGGCUGGGUUUGGGGAUGUGGACUUUGGGUGGGGUAAGGCAGUGUAUGGAGGACCGGCGAAGGGUGGGGUUGGGGCUAUACCUGGGGUGGCUAGCUUUUAUAUACCAUUUAGGAAUGGGAAAGGGGAGGAUGGGAUAGUGGUGCCUGUUUGUUUGCCUGGUGAUGCCAUGGAGAGGUUUGUGAAGGAGAUUGAGGGCUUGGUUAGUGGGGAUGACGGUCUGCUUGGGGAGCAGCAGCAGCAGCCACCUGUUCAGAUCUUGUCAGCUCUCUAAGGACGAGGAGGACUAAGUUGGGCAAGGUGUUUUAAGUCAUUUUGUGUUUGCUUGUAAUUGAGGUUUGAUUUUUUGUUUGUUUGAAAAAAUGUCCGUUUGUUUGAUGGUAAUUAAAUGCUGUUUGUAUUAAUUUAUAUGGCAAUUACAGAUAAAUUUUCUCA